GGAAAUUCUUCAGCAUAUAUUGGCAUCCUCCCGAACUGACGGUUAGCCAAGAACUCCAGGGCCACGGAUACUAAAACAACCUCCAACUCGAAGAUAUCAUACUGACAUAACGCAAUAAUUUUGUGUUCGCGUACGAAUUGCAUCCCAUAUCAACAUGUUUCUCGGCAAGCCUCUCCUACUGGCAUAUGCCAUUAUAUCAGCAGCCACAGCGCUUCCAUUCAAGGCAGCGAUCGCUGAGAGCUCUCUCGUUACUAGGUGGGACGAGGUAGUUAAUGAACCUCCAUUUAUUGCGAAGCGGGAAGAAGAUAUAGUCAAUGAGCCACCAGCCAUCGCCAAGCGGGGGGAAUUGGUUAACGAACCUCCGGUAAUUGCGAAGAGGGAGGACAUAGUCAAUGAGCCCCCGAAUAUCGCCAAGAAGGACGAUGUGGUCAACGAACCUCCAAACAUUGCUUAACUAGAUGCUGUUGCUGAGAGUUUUAUUUGAUCUGGCAAAGGAACUUGUUUCGGCGGACAUGGGCAGGGAUACUAAGGCUUCGAUACUAUUACUGUAUGUGCCUAAUGCAUUUACGUGGAAGUAGUAUAUUGAAAUGGGAAAUAGGUCGUCUCUUCCACUCCGCUCAUGCAUGACUUCCCAUGAUAAAU